GCUCUUAAUUAUACUCUCUUUGCGUAUACUUAUCUCUCCCCUUCCAAUUCCUUUUUUUAUUCUUUCAAUCAAUUUAAUACGAUUCUUGAUUAAACCCCUCUUCACCCAAGAACACGACGAGUUUGUUCACUGCUUGUAUCCGCCAAAUCUAGGCGGCGCUUCGAUUCCGCCACCCUUUGCGACGGUCCUCUUUCGAAGCAGAUCUUUACUUUGAGGUGGGAUUUCACUGUUGCUGUCUCGUGGGGAUUCUUCAAUUUGAUCCAACAGUUUUUUUUUGCUGGCUUUGAGGAUUUCAAUAUGAGCGAGCAUUUUCGAAGGCAAUUGGAAGUCCAUUUGAUUGCAAUGAAUCUUUGUGUGUAUCACUAGUGUUCUUCAGUGUUCUAUGCUGUCUCAUUUGAGUACAAAUAUGGGUUUACUCUGCAGCAGAAGUCGUCACUACAAUGAACAAGAUUCUGAAGAGAAUGCGCAGGCUGCUGAAAUAGAGAGGCGGAUUGAACAAGAAACAGAGGCUGAAAAACAUAUACAGAAACUUCUUUUGCUUGGUGCUGGAGAGUCUGGAAAGUCCACCAUUUUUAAGCAGAUAAAGUUGUUGUUCCAAACUGGCUUUGAUGAGACAGAGCUAAAGAGCUACAUUCCAGUCAUUCAUGCAAAUGUGUAUCAGACUAUAAAAGUAUUACAUGACGGUUCAAAGGAGCUCGCUCAAAAUGAUAAAGAGUUCUCGAAGUAUGUUUUAUCCAAUGAAAAUAAGGAAAUUGGCGAGAAAUUAUCGGAUAUCGGAGGUAGAUUGGAUUACCCGCGUUUGACUAGGGAGCAUGCAAAGGAUAUAGAGACUCUUUGGAAGGAUGCUGCGAUUCAGGAAACGUAUUCACGUGGUAAUGAACUACAAGUUCCAGAUUGCACACAAUAUUUCAUGGAAAAUUUGCAAAGAUUAUCUGAUGCAAAUUACAUUCCGACUAAGGAGGACGUCCUAUACGCAAGAGUUCGUACAACCGGUGUUGUUGAAAUUCAAUUUAGUCCCGUUGGAGAAAAUAAAAAGAGCGGCGAAGUGUAUAGACUCUUUGAUGUUGGUGGUCAGAGAAACGAGAGGCGAAAAUGGAUUCAUCUUUUCGAAGGUGUUACAGCAGUAAUCUUUUGUGCUGCUAUUAGUGAGUAUGAUCAAACACUUUUUGAGGAUGAACAGAAGAACCGAAUGAUGGAGACCAAGGAACUUUUCGAGUGGGUUCUGAAACAAGAGUGUUUUGAGAAUACGUCAUUUAUGCUUUUUCUUAACAAGUUCGAUAUCUUCGAGAAAAAGGUUCUAAACGUCCCUCUCAGUGUAUGUGAAUGGUUUAACGAUUAUCAGCCGGUUUCGACUGGAAAACAAGAGAUCGAGCAUGCCUAUGAGUUCGUGAAGAAAAAAUUCGAGGAGUUGUAUUUUAAGAGCACGGCACCAGAUCGAGUAGACCGGGUGUUUAAGGUAUACAGAACAACUGCUCUCGAUCAGAAACUUGUAAAGAAGACGUUCAAGCUCGUAGAUGAAACAUUGAGGCGGCGAAAUCUGUUGGAGGCUGGGUUAUUGUAACCUUGUUUAACAGCUUCCUCCUCACCACACAAAAAAAUGGAAACUGGUUGAUCUUGUUUGAUGAACAAACUUAUAUUGGAUUGUGAUUUAAGCGAUUCAUUGAUUCAAAACAUUGUGUCAAAUUAAAUCUUUACCUAUUCUAUGAAAGUUGAAAUCUCUUUAACUAUA